GACAUGAAGAAAGAUUAGAUAUAGAGAUUGGCAUAGGGGUGCACCCGUGGACUUAUAAAAGGCCUUCUACGGGUACUCAUGCUCAAAGGGUAGUGCGCCUUGACACCUGUUGAAGCGGUAAAGAUGUACACAUUCCCUGUGUGUUUGGUGCUGGCUGGCCUCCUGGUCAAUGUGGCCCUUACAAGCGAUCCUUACAAGAAGCCUAACGAUGAUUCACAACCAGACUACUGUAGCUUACCCCUACCCUCAGACAGAUGGUUACUACCAGCCCAAGAAAUAUAAUGAUAAUUACCAGCCCAAGAAAUAUGAUGAUAAUUACCAGCCCAAGAAAUAUGAUGAUCGCUACCAGCCUAAGAAAUAUGAUGACACUUACCAGCCCAAGAAAUAUGAUGAUAAUUACCAGCCCACGAAAUAUGAUGACAAUUACCAGCCCACGAAAUAUGAUGGUAAUUACCAGCCCACGAAAUAUGAUGACAAUUACCAGCCCAAGAAAUAUGAUGGUAAUUACCAGCCCAAGAAAUAUGAUGACAAUUACCAGCCUAAGAAAUAUGAUGACAAUUACCAGCCUAAGAAAUAUGAUGACAAUUACCAGCCUAAGAAAUAUUAUGAAAAUUACCAGCCUAAGAAAUAUGAUGACUACGACCAAAACAAAGAUGGUUACUACAAGCCUGAGAAAUGCAAAGGAAAUCUGCCAGCCAGCUUCGUUGAACAAAACUUCAAAACAUGCCAGGAAACCUAUGAAGAAGAAUAUGGAGAGUAUGACGUCGAGCCCGAGCCCUCCACGUAUGCCGUCGACCCCGACUGCCCCUACUCCUUCCUGCAGAAAGUACCCUGGGUGGAUUACUAUGGCAAUGUGGUGUAUGUGUACAUGUACAUGCCAACCGCUCCCGGCACCGUCUUCGACAUUGAGAAGUGCAGCCUGGUUGCUGCCUAUGUGAAACCACAAUACUACCCUAAAAAGCCAGUUUACUAGUCGUAUUCACCAUUCACACUGCUCAUCGGCCACCAGAGACUCCUUCACACCUUCCUGUCACCACCAUUCCUCAGAAAUCUUUUAAACAUCCUCCGGCCGAACCUCCAGUCCUCCCUCUAAAUUAUCUUUUGAGACACCCUCCAAGGUGUUUCCGGACGAAAAGAAAAUGAAUUUUAAUCAAACAACCGAACCGCACCUUAAAGAAGACACGCAAGAGACAGGAGACCAACCAAGAUGACCUCCUACAGACCUUUCACCUGAACCUGCAACUAAAGACGACAAGAAAGUAGUUGGAGUCGAGGUGAUCGAAUGAACAAAUUCUUUAUUGAGCAAAUCCUUUGGUUUGUUUCUAGAGGGAAAUUAAAGGAAAUAAAAAUCAUCAAUAUUUACAAUAGAGUUUCCGACAAUCUAUUCACUUCAUUUCUGUUUUCAAACACGUGAUACAGAUAUCUAGAAAUGUGUUUGGUGGUUGUUAAUAAAAACUUGUGUGAUUCCAUCUGUGCCCUGUUGAUAUGGUAGUAAAACAUCAACUGAGUGGAGGGAGAGGUGGGUGUCAUGGCAAACGCUGCCUUUGAGCUCCUGAGCUAUUACUCAUUAAACAA